CGCUAGACAUCUGUACCACAAACCGCGAUGAGCACCGUGGUCGACAUCUCUCCCAAACUUGGCGAGUACAUGCUCAAGGGAUGGAUUCUGACUGACGAUAUAUGUCAGACUUGUCGCAAGAUUCCCUUAAUGCGCUCACCUGCAGCACACAGCCCGGAGUCAUAUUAUUGCGCCUGUUGCGAUUCUAUACGGAGUAGAAUCCAGGAGGCUACUAAUUCGGCUCAUUCGGCUAGCUCUUCGAGUGUGAACUCUAGCAUGAGUUCCGGCACCCAUAUUUCCAGACCGUCAACACCACCCACAGAGGUCUCGAGCGUAUUCAGCUCACCUGUUUUUGCACCCGUUGAUACCGAAGAAGUUAUGCGUCGCCGACAACAAUCGGAUUUAGCCUCGUCCGAGAUCGGCAAACGAAUGCUGAAAGGGUGGGCCAUGUUAGCAGAUGAAUGCCCUAACUCGGAAUGUUAUGGUAUUCCUUUGAUUCGGCCCCCUAAGACUGGUAGUGAGAGGGAUCCACGAAAAGAAUGCGUUAUAUGCCAUACCGUCUAUGUCGACCAGACCGAUGAAAACGGGCUCGUGCGCCUGGUUUCUACCGAGGCUACGUCCGCACCGCUAGCUGGGCCAUCCUCACGCCCGGUUCCUGCUCCAUCUGAUAGACCAGCCCAAUCUUCAGUUUCAAGAGGACAGGAUAUGGAGACGAUUACUAGCAUCGGAGAGAUCCCGGAUUUACAGUCAUCGACUGUGCCACCAUGGAGGGACUCACAGUCAAAGAUACCAUCUUCCUCGAAAUCAAAACUUGUUUCGUCGUCACACAAUGGUUCUGCCAGCUCUGGUACAACACUGCAACCUACAAGUGCGACUCUUGCCACGUUGGAAGGAACGGCGAGGGCCCUGGAAUCUUCACUAAGGGUUCUUACAGAGAGAAUAAAUCUCCUUUCCCAAGCUUCGGUAGUCAACCCCACAUCUAUCGGUCAAACCGCGGAUGCAAUCUAUAAGGUGUCACUUGCUUUGCAGCAAGUCAAGCAGUUGCAUUGGAGCGAGAUUACUGCAUAUGUAACCUAGAGCCCUUCGCCCUACGUGGCACACAUGUUCACGACUGGUUAGCGUAAUGACACUUAAUACAACUUUUCACGUUGCGCGA